AUGGCGCAGUACACAGUGCUGAUACUGUGCCGUCUUCUUCCGUUGGCAAUGUGUGCAUCAGCAAGUGAGGACUUUGACUGGACCAAUAAUGAUAUGGGAUCAUUUCAAUACAGCACAUUUCCCACUGCAUUCUCCUGGGGUGCUGGAGGUUCAGCAUAUCAGACAGAGGGAGCCUGGGAUAAAGAUGGCAAAGGGAUGAGCAUUUGGGAUGUGUUCUCACACAAGAGGGGCAAAAUCAACCUAAACAACACCGGGGACGUUUCCUGUGAAGGCUACUAUAAGAUCAAGGAAGACAUAAUGCUAAUGAAAGAUAUGAAGCUAAACCACUACCGCUUUUCUAUUUCGUGGCCACGGAUCCUGCCUAAUGGAAUUAAAUCUGACCACAUCAAUGAAAAAGGAAUUCAGCACUAUGACAACCUCAUCAAUACGCUCCUAGAGAAUCAAAUAACCCCUAUUGUUACCAUUUAUCACUGGGAUUUACCUCAGGCUCUGGAGGAAAAUUAUGGAGGUUGGCAGAACAGCAGCAUGGUUCAGUUUUUUAACGACUAUGCCAAUCUGUGCUUUGAAAGAUUUGGCAACCGUGUAAAACACUGGAUCACCUUCAACAAUCCAUGGUCUGUAGCAGUGGAGGGCUAUGAGACAGGUGAACAUGCGCCAGGAUUGAAACUGAAAGGCACUGGUGCCUACAAGGUUGCCCACAACAUCAUUAAGGCACAUGCUAAAGUCUGGCACACUUAUGACAUCCAGUGGCGGAGCAAGCAGAAAGGUAUGGUGGGCAUCUCACUGUCUGCUGACUGGGGAGAACCGGUGGACGUCUCACAUCAGAGAGACAUCGAAGCAGCAGACAGAUACGUGCAGUUUUCUUUAGGCUGGUUUGCCGCGCCCCUCUAUACCGGGGAUUACCCUCAAGCCAUGAAGGACUAUGUAGGCAAGAAGAGUGCACAACAGGGCUUGAGUAGCUCUCGCCUCCCCACCUUCAGCCCGCAAGAGAAGAGCUACGUCAGAGGUACUUGUGAUUUCUUGGGAAUCGGACACUUCACAACACGUUACGUAACACAGAAGAACUUUCCUUCGAACCGUGGGAGCAGCUAUUUUACUGACCGGGACUUAGCUGAGCUGGUUGACCCGCUCUGGCCUGAUCCUGGUUCCGAAUGGCUGUACUCUGUACCAUGGGGCUUCCGUCGACUACUCAACUAUGUGAAGUCACUGUAUGGAAACCCAAUGAUUUACGUGACGGAGAACGGCGUCUCAGAAAAGCUGAUGUGCACAAACCUGUGUGAUGAGUGGAGGAUGCAGUACCUCAAAGAUUAUAUUAACGAAAUGCUUAAAGCGGUAAACGAUGGAGUGAAUGUGAAAGGAUACACCACAUGGUCCCUGCUUGAUAAGUUUGAAUGGGACGAAGGUUAUUCGGAAAGAUUCGGCCUCUACUACGUGGACUUUGGGAGCAAGGAUAAAGCGCGCUACCCCAAAGCCUCCGUUCACUUCUACAAACGCAUCAUCAGCUCCAACGGCUUCCCCAAUCAAAAAGAAAUUGAGAUCUGGAAAAGACAGGCGACCGAGACCUGCACCUCUAGUAACCAGCUUCUAGCAGCAGAUCCACUAACUAGCCACAUGGAGAUGGUGACGGAGAUUGUGGUUCCGACUGUUUGCACCGUCUGUAUUUUGCUCAGUGCUGUUUUUCUUAUGUUCCUUUUGCGAGGUCGCCUAUAAAAUCCCAUUUCUGUUCUUCUGUUGAGCAUGUUUCUCCCAUAAUCAUUCCUGCGGCCUAUCAAGCUAUUAACCAGCUUCAGGAGACAAUGAAAUGGCCCUAAUGGUGUUUCUAUUUUCCACUGGAAAACAUUUUAAUUAGAGUUUAAGUGGGUAAGUCAAGGUUUGAUGCUUAAUAUGGUGUACUUAAAGGUGGAUUUUCAUUGAGAAGAGAUUUUGAAUUGCAGUUUGUUUACUUACAGUGGCUUGUUGUACAGUGGAAAUUCUAAUAUAUUAAACAUAAUAUUGUGAGAUGUAUAAAA